CCAUUUUUGUUGAUGCGCGCCAGAUUUUGAACACAUAAUUCUGGAACGCAUUUAUGGAUUAAUUACAAGAUGCCACUUCUUUCAAAGCGGAUAUUUGGUUGUUCAAAGUCUGUAGAAGAUAUUAAACCCGAGGAAAAGGUAUACACAAUUGAACAUACCAAAGAAAACUUCCGUUCCCAACAAGAAUAUGAGAAGCGUCUUCAGCUAUACAACAGAAGGAUAUGGACAUGUCAAAGCACAGGUCAUGUAAAUCUGACACAUGAAGAGGCAUGGAACUCCGAAAAAGCAGUUCUGAAGACCUUGAAGGAACAGUUUGCCCCCUGUUACGAUAAACCAGUGUUAGCAUUGGUCCAUCAUUGCACAAAGUCCUUAGAAGUUCUAGUGGAUGAGGCAUGGCUAAUGUUACAGCAGGUUUUAGUCGUAGACGAAAAAGUCUUGUUAAAAGUCAAGUCUGGUGGGAAGACAAUGAAGGCAGUAGUUGUACGUGUAGAUACCAAUGGGUACAAGGGUAAUCCUACAAGCAACUGCAGCUCGCCCUCCAGUGACAAAGAAAACAAUGAUUCAAACACAUCACCAAAGAAAUGGGUCCCACCAAAGUUGCUGCCAUAUAAAUACAGCAUCCGUUUUGAAAAUGAAGACAGCGUCAUUCAUUCAGUUCCUGCUGAAGAUUUAAGUCGAGGGGACAAACCACCUUCAAAAGAACUGUUGCGUCUGUUCAUCCGUACAUACGCAGUGAGAGCUGGGCAGACAUCGAGCAGUCCAUGGAUUGUAGAUGAUGUUCAAGUAAAGAAGUUUGACCUUACCAGCAAAUUUGCUUCGUUCCUGCUCCAAUCUAUAAAAUGGCGACAAGACGAAAUCGUAAAAAGAAUUGAUGAUGAAUCCAAGCAUCGCACCUCGCCAAGUAAAAACUCGCCAAGAAUUAAAACAAAAUUAGAUGCCAAGGAGGAAAAACGAAAAGAAAUAGCCAAGAAAUCCAUAUCUAAAAUAGAAAAGAAGAGUGAAAGAGCUAAACAGUUGAUGGAGAAAUCUAGUGCUAGCAAGAAUAAGAAAGUUAUAACAUUAAACUCAUCAGAUGAGGAGUCAUCUGAUGAGGAAGAUGAAGUGCAAGCAAAUGGCAGUAUAGUUGAACUAUCAGAUGGGUCAGACUCGGACACACCCUUAGCUGUGGUGAAAACUCAAUUGACUCCUAAAAAGAGAAGUUCUAGUGAUGAGGAUACUAACAAAGUGAAGAAAAGUAAGACAAAGAAUAGUGAUUCUGUGUCUUUGGCUGACAUUCAAAAGAAAAUGAAAAAGAAAAGGCCUAAGAAAGAAUUAUCAUUAGCGGACAUAAAGAAGAAAAUAGAGAAGAAGAAAUUAAAGGAGUUGAAAAAGGGGAAAGAUAAGAACAGAAAGAGGAAAGGGCAGGACCCUAAACAAUUGACAUUGCUGGACAUGUCAGCCAAGAAGAAAGGACUCAAGACUCCUGAAAAAAUGAGUAAGAGUCAGAGUGGAACUCCUACAAAACACAAGUCUCCUUUUAAGGAUCAGAAGGUAUCAGAUGCUAGGAAGAAGUUAAUGAGCCCACCUAAAACACCCAUUGUCGUCCAAAAGCUUCAGCUGGCUAUGAAGAAGGCAGACAGGAAUUUAAUAGGUGUAUAUGCAGCCCAGGCAGCAAGAAUCCUUACAAACUCGCAGCGCGAAAAACUGCCAGAAAAACUCAAAGAAGCCGUCAUGAAGAAAUACGAACGCUAUCAAGAAAAACUUUUGCUGUCUAAGAUGAAUGAAGAUGAAAAGAAAGAAUACUUGGCAAAGAGGGCUCUAGAAAGAAAAAAACAGGCAAUUGUGAAAAUCAAGGAAAAGUUGAAAGAAUCACGAAAGAAAUUUGAGGACACAGACCUGGAGCUAAAGCCCCUGCCAGACCCCACACUGGUUUCAACGCCAGACGGACUGCCGAACGAGGCGUUUGGAGAUGUUGCCAUGGUAACAGAGUUCAUCUCUUGUUACUCUGGCCUCCUUAUGCCGGAUGACGAAUACCCAAUAUACACAGAUGCUUUGAUGAAGGCACUGACAUCGGGUAAGGACGGAUUUACCUAUCUAUCCCGGACACUCACUGUGCUGCUGCAGACUUUGCUGCAGGACCAAAUAGCAGAGGAGUAUGAGGAUUUGAAGGUGCCCCUGUACGAUAUCCCAGUGAAUCCUGCCACAUGCACAGAACUGGUACGAUUAAGUUUGCGGCGACAAGACGUCCGUGAUGACCGUAGUGAUUCGAGUGAUGAGGCCGAGGAUGCAGGUCUAGAAGUGGCGGAUGACCUAAUACAGUUGUUGGAGAACCAGGAGUUGUAUGAUCUCGAGCCCAUCCAGAAGAUUGCCAUUCUCAAAGGUCUGUGUCUCCGCAUCAUGGGCACCUACGCUGUGCAAGAUUACAUGGAGGAAAGACAACUGGAAUCUGCCAGACUCUGGAGAGAAACACAUAAAAUACCCAAAGGAGAACAUUCCAAAAAGGAGGGGAAGAAAAAUGUGGAAAAUAAGGAAAACAGCGAGGAAAAAGAGAAAACAGAGCAGAAAAACACUGCACCCGCCAACAACACAUUAUUAACGCAGUUCUAUGGGAAGAAAGAGGAAGGUCAUAACUCUGGCAACAACAGCGAAGCCUCCAUGGAUGUAGAUGAGGACGAUAUCAUCUCCAGAGUCAAACGGCGGAGAGUUACUGCUGCACAGGCAGCUGAAGAACGUAGGCAAAAGGAAAUACUAGACAAUAUAAGGAGGGAGAGAGAAGAAGAAGUAUUCAAACGUCAGAAACAAAAGAAAAUGUUGUCUGAGGGUGUUAUACAAGCGAAAAUUGCUCUGCGCCAAGUGCCUGUGGGUAUUGAUAGAAACCAUUCACGCUACUGGAUCUUCUGUGAUGUUACCCCUGGGGUCUUUGUUGAAAAAGGCUGGGUAGGUGAUGAGAUUACAUAUAGCUGUCGUAAGGAGGGAGAAGAUGAGGAGGAAGAUUCAAGCUCUUCAGAAGAGGAGGAGGAGGGAGAUGAUGUGCAGGAGGGUGCUCCAGCAAACAGACAGAGAAAGAGAACACCCAAGUGUGUCGACACUACGUUUCCCCAUGUUGGGCAGAAUCUCUGGUUCACCUAUGAUACAAAGACUGUUGUGUCAGAGCUGAUCGAGGCCCUCCAUCCCCAGGGUGCCCGGGAGAGCAAGUUGAGGAGGGAACUGCAAAAACGAGAGGCUGACAUCACCAGGGCCAUACAUAGGCAAAAUAGAAUGAAUUUGACUUUGAGGGACUGUGAUGGUGAUAAAGAAAUGGAUGAGCUCUUUCAGAAGUAUAGUCAAAGUGUAAGGCCUCAAGAGCCUUGUACUGGGACCAACCAAACGUCUUUUAGAGAAUUGUUGGACACAGAACUGAAGCUGCGUAAUGGUGGACUUGGUGGUGUGGAGGACUUUGAGACUUGGAGGGUUUGUCUCGAGACUGCCUCUGAUAUACAAACAAUGGGCAAGUGCCUACUUGAAGUACAAGAUCAUGUUUUGGAGAAAUUCAGAGAUGGCAUCAUGGUUGUGAAAAAGAAGAGGCCAGAGAUCGAAGCUGAUGUAGAGGAAGAGGCAAAGGUUGCCCCUGGAUUGGUUCGCUGGCGGGAGGCUGUUGCAUCGGCAGGUACCAUGUCAAGGUUGCACGUGUUGCUAGGGAUACUCGACUCAUGCAUCAAGUGGGAGAAAUCAGCAGAGCACGCUAAAUGUAAAAUCUGUCGAAAGAAGGGAGAGGAGGACAAGCUGUUGCUGUGUGAUGACUGUAAUCAAGCAUUCCACAUGUUCUGUCUCCGCCCUGCCCUCCAUGGCGUGCCCAAGGGGGAAUGGAAGUGUGCUGGAUGCGCGCCUUCAAGUAGAAGAAGAAUUGAUGAUGAUGAUCAUGAUGAACGAGACAAGAAAGAAAAGAGAACGGAGGCUAAGUGCAUACAACAUGAGGACAAGUGUGUGGAGUGUGGGGGAGAUGAGAGCCUUAUACUGUGUGCCGAGUGCCCCUCUGCAUACCAUCUCGAGUGUCAUGACCCGCCCCUACAUCGCCCACCCAGGGGAAGAUGGGUGUGUCACUACUGUAAGAAUGGCAUUACCAAAAAGACUCGAUCAAGCGCGGGACGAGGAGGAGGCCAGCGUGUGCAGCGUAAACGUUACAAGGAAGUUAGUGAGAGUGAACAGGAAUCAGACAACAAUUCGGACACGGAGGAAGAAUACUGGGAGGAAGCACCCCCACCACCAAAAAAACGGGCCAGAAACUCGCACGAAUCUGGGGGUCGAGCUGCAGUGGGCCAGAAGAAGACAUCUCCACGCGCAGAGGAGAGUAGAAGCAGGAAAAGAGUGUCUGCUCCAUCUCCGGAGAUAGAGUAUGAGAGCCGAGGGAAAUCUUCUCGACGUGCCCCUUCUGAACUUUCAUUGAUGGAAGACAUCAUCAACAAGAUGAUGGAUUACAAGCAGGCCUGGCCUUUCUGGGAGAUGGUCAGCAAGAGAGAUGUUCCGGACUACUAUAAUAUCAUCAAGCAGCCAAUCAGCUUCCAGAAGAUUAAGGAUCGUCUCAACUGCCUUGUUUACGGCUCCCCACAGGAAGUCUUAGAUGCUGUGGCCCUGCUCUUUAGGAACGCUGUGGAAUAUAAUAGGGUUGGAAGUGAGGUGUAUGAUUGUAUAGAGGCAUCAGAGAAAUACUUUGUCGACCUGCUAAAGAGGGAUCUGCCCUUCUACGCUUACAGUCGUGACAGCAAAUCAAAUGGCUUCAACGACCACAUGUCCACAGACGAUGGUAGACGAUCUCGAAGGAGCAAAUAAAUGGCUUCACAUUCUCAUUAUUUACCGUAUAGAUAACAUUUGCUCUCAGAAUGCUAUGGAAAAUAAAGUUGUGUUUACCAAGUCACUACCUGAUUUCUUUUGAAGUUCUGAGUGACAAAGUGUGGCUGGUGAUUGGUGAAGUAUAUGUACAAGUCUAAGUGUGAUAUUUUAUUGUGUGUAUGUCUGACAAACAUGAAGUGUGUGGUUGUAAUUAUUGUUGCUUCCUCAAAAACUUGUGUUGCAUAAUGAAUUCUGUUUAGGAAGUGACUGUAUAAUUUAAGACACCUAGAGCCUUUUUUUAUAUAUACAUUUUCUGAGUUUUAUAUGGUUUUAACUAUAAACAAUAUUUGAGUUGAAAAUGAAUUACUAGUAGAAGAUAUUUGGUCUCGACUGAAAUGUUCAUUGACAGUGUAUUGUGUGUGAAAUUACUAUUUAAACCAGUAAAUUUUAUUUUAACUCAAAAUGUCAUGAUGAAAUCUAUGGAAACCAUUUUAAACAGUAACUUUUUCAGUCAUCGGUAUCGGGCUUCGAUGAAUAAGCCCAAAGUCUUGCAAUAGUGGUGGAAUCAAAACAUUACAAGCCAAAAAUUUUUUUAGAAUUUGACCUAGCCCAGAAAGCAUUCGACCAGUACUUAGCUUAAUGGCUGUGCCAAUUGUGACUUGUUGAAUAGUUUCAUGUGUAGAUUGUUUUUAUUUUUCGAAGUCUUUUUUUUUUAUUAAUACUUGUAUUGUUUUGACCAAUUUGGGUAGUUUUAUAAUGGUGGCAUAAUCAUUUAAUCAGCAAAUGUUGGCUUAUUUUCACAAUCUGGUAAAUUGAAGAAUAUUAAAUUAGUAGUAAAAUUCAAACAAAACAGUUUAUAUUUAAAUCUUGAAUGGUUGGUCGCUAGUACUGGUAAAAAAAUUUGGACAUCAACUUACACAUUGACAGAAUAAAUUUCAUAAACAAAAGUUUCCGCUAGAGUGAAAAUAACACAUGUCACAAAAGAUUUGUACAAAGAUUAUGUGAUGUAUCCAAAAUGUAUGUGAAUGUCUUGAAUGUAAUUGCUCGUUAAAUUAUUACAUUUGUUAUUUUACAACAUUGCAUGUACUUGAAAACUUGCAUGUACAUAACUUGGUAGUGAUGUUAUAUUUGUAAUAUACUUUUUGCUAAUAUUGUAGUCCUGUCUGUCAAAUAAAUGAUCAAAAAACA